CUGCCCCAACGGAAUGAAGUUCUUUAUCUGGUUUUCGCUUUUAUUGGUUUGUCAUGCUGUUAAAAUUCCGCAGGAUAACAUAAUACAUGAGUUGUGCUUCAAGCCGGAUUCUGGGCCUGUUUGCCAGAAAAUGAAAACAUUUUAUUGGGACCAGAAGAAGUUGAAAUGCAUACAAGUUCGAUAUUUAAGGAAGCCUUGUGGCUUCUUCCACAGUUUGAAUACCUGCGAAACAAUAUGCUCGAAGGAUUCAUGGACUUUAGUCGGCUUAGAAAAACAUGUUUCAACGUUGCCUUAAAAUAUAGAAUAAUAUACUUUCUUUGGAA